GUAAAUUAAAAGAAAAUGCCCACGUCGUCCUAAGCUUUAGUCAUGUUCGAUCAGUACAAGGAUAAGAUCAUCCAAAAACAAACAGUAAUAACCAGUUAUUAUUAUCCAAAAAUACCAUACUAGGAGUGCUAGCUCUAGCACGCAUCUAUCCAUCGUCACUGAAGAGUGAACCCACCACCGAUCUUCGAUGAAAUCGUCUAGCUCCCUCCGCACAUGCGUUCAUGCAUUGAACAGGCCACGUACGUAUCAACCGCUGACCGACCGGCAUCUCUACAGCAAAUAAACUAACAGAUGACCACUCCGACAUGCAUGCAUGACCCAGCGGCACAGGAAGGCGCCGACCUUAUCGAUCGGGAGGACAGGCAGGAACGGAAGCAGCGCAGGUGAGCAGGCGCCGGCGCCGCCGUGGCCACAGUUGCCGCCAUGGCCAACCUCUCAUCCUCUAGCAAAUAAUCGAGGUCCGAUUUUCAUUUCGUCACUAAAGCAAAUGCACAUGCUCUUCCGUUCUUGAUGGUAGACGGCUGUGUCUUUCUUCCGACUGCACGACGGCGACUUACAAAAAAAACAUGCAUGCAUGAAGUUGCAUAGACCCUUUCGCACGAUCGCCGUAGUGGAUGCCUCGUCACCAUGUACACGUACGACGUGAGUGCGCGCUGCUGGGUCCGGGCGGCGGCUUCGAUCGACGCGUGUCGGAACGCUCCCAGCAUCCGAGCUUAUAAAUCUGCGGCAUGCGAGGUUUCGUUUUGCACAACAUCUUCAGAAGCUACAGCUGCAGCACACAAAUACGUAUUAUUCCGCUCGGAGCAGAUAGAGCACACAGCUAGUUAGUUAGUGGCAAGAGCGUCAGUGACCUGUGAGAACCCAACCGACGGAGUGAACGAUCAUGGCGGCGUCUCUGCUAGGCCCGUACACCGGAGGCAGCGGCUUGGGCGGUAGGGUCCACGCCAGGAGCGGCGGCCACCGCCGUUCAGCUGCGGCGGUGAAGCGGCUGCUGUUGAGGCUGAGGCGCUCUUGGAGAAGACGCGCGGCGCGGCCGAGGCGAACCGCGGUGAGGUUCGGGUACGACCCGCAUAGCUACUCCCAGAACUUCGACGACGGCACUGCUUCCUACGACCACCACUGCUUGUAGUUGUAGUUGUAGCUGUGCUUAUGUUUGCUUAUGAUAUGCCGGUGACUAUUAUGUACAGGAUGGCUUAGGUCUUGUUUGAGACUAAGAGUAAUUGAGAGGAUCAAAAUCACUUGCUAUUCAAAAUUGAAUAGUAAUAAAUUUUGGCAACUCAAUCCCUUUCAUUA